UCCCAGGGCCAGGUGUCCCCCGUGAGGGUGGGGACGGCUCAGAGGUUUAAGUCAAAUUAAGUUUCUCCUGUGUUUAUGAUUCCUUUACAUUCUCUUCUUGUUACUAUUAUUUGCAGCGAAAAUGUAAUUCACAUUCUGAAUGCAGGUGAAACGUACUCGUAUUUCUCUUAAAAUGUGAAUUGGUUCGCCUGCAUUAUGAAAGGGCCACCAGUGACCUCCCUCCAGCUCUAUCCUUUGGUUAGACUGGCUCUUGGGACUUUCCUUGGUUUGGCUAACGGCACUGACCUGGGUAAUGCCCCUGUGUCCUAGGGAAGAAAGAUGAAAGGCCCUGCCCUCAGAGGCUGGUAAGGGAAGGUGGACUUGUGAAUAAGGAAGCCAAAUCUCUUAAGGCCUCCAAGAGUAAGUUUGAAGCAGAAUCUUAAAAAGAGUGAGAAGUGGGGAGCGUCUGAGGUGCUAGAAGCCCUGUGGUCUGAAGCAGAGAGGGAACACUUGGCCUUGAAGGAGAUGAGAGGGGACAGAGGAAAGGUCUAUCUAGAUCAGUGCUGAUCAAUAGAAAUAGAAUGGGAGGGGCACAUGUCAUUUCAAGUGUUUUAGUAGCCAUAUUUUUAAAAGUUUAUGCCCAUUGAUCAGUUAACAUCUGUGAGAGGUGACCUAUGUACAAAGUUGUUCUUUACAGCCUUUAUUACAGUAGCAGAAGAUUGGAAACUCCUUAAAUGUCCAUAAAUAGGGGGACCUAAAAGUUUAACAGCUUAUGGUGCAUCUAUACAAUGGAAUGCAAAGAGCAGUGAAAAGAAUGAAGAAGCUCUUUACGUGCUAACAUGGAAAGAUCUCUAGGAUACAUGACACGAGAAAGGCAAGAUGCCCAAGAGUGUGUGAAAGAUGCUACCUUGCGUGUAAAAACGCCUCUGGAAGGAUACAGGAGAAGCACAUGACACUGACUGCAUCUGGGAAGGAAAGAUAUAUAAAAGCUUGCUCCGCGUCCUUCAAGGUCUGGCUCUGCCUUCACCUCCUCCAUAAAGCUUUCCCUGCUGUUGUCUAUAUAGCUCUUUUCCUUCUCUGAACCGCCCUUACGGUUUCAACCGGAACCUCUCUGUAAAGGAUGGAAGGUCAACAGCAACAGCAGCAAAAACAAUGUGUGCAUCUUCACCAGUGAAAUUGAAAACUACUCAAGAAGCAGGCAACCAUAUUUGGGAAUAACAGUUUACAUUGGGAAAUGCAAAACAGAGUUUAAAUGUUUAAAGACCCCAGGGACCUGGAGGAUGGACUUUUCCGAGGUAAAAAACGGUUCCUCCAGAGCGGCUGCUUACAAUGAGAAAUCAGAGACUGCCACUCCUGAAGAAGACCACAGCUGGCAAAUUCCCAUUAAUCACAAUGACUUCACAAUUUUAAAAACUAAUGAGAGUCAGCUGUGUGAAGUCCUUCAGCAUAAAUUUGACUGUGUCUGUACCCUGGUGUCUCCAUCCCUGGAGGGUAAUGGUGAGUCUCAGCGAGUCUUCAGAGAAAUGCUAAUUCCUGGGCUCGAGUUAUCUGUUUGGAAGGACGACCUCACCAGACAUGCUGUUGAUGCCGUGGUGAAUGCAGCCAAUGAAGACCUUAUUCAUGCGGGAGGCCUGGCCAAGGCCCUGGUGAAUGCUGGCGGCUUUGAAAUCCAAGAGGAGAGCAGAAGAUUAGUUUCCAGAGUGGGUAAAAUACCAACUGGUAAAAUAGUUACCACAAAAGCAGGGAGACUUCCCUGCAAAUUAAUUAUCCAUGCUGUCGGGCCUAGGUGGACAGCAAAAUAUUAUCAGACAUGUACCCAUAAGCUGCAAGAGGCCAUUAUAAGUAUUCUGAAUUAUGUUACCUUUAUCAAUCCAGACAUUGAGACGGUAGCAAUUCCAGCCCUGAGCUCUGGGAUUUUCCAGUUCCCUCUGGACUUGUGUACACAGAUCAUUGUGGAAACUAUCAGCUUUUAUUACCGAGAGAAGCAACCGGCCACUAAUUUGAAAGAAAUUCACUUGGUAAGCAAUGAGCAUCCUACUGUUGCUGCCUUUAAAAAUGCUUCAGAAGUAAUCCUAAGGAUGAACAAGCUGGGAUCCCGCACGAGUCAAGAAGCCACCCCUCCUUUCAAGACAAUUAUCGUGAACAAUGUGACUCUCCAGAUUGUCCAGGGCUACAUUCAACUGCAGGAGACAGAUGUAAUUGUUAAUUCUGUAAAUCCACUCUGUGGUCUUAGAUAUGGACCUGUGUCAAUAUCAAUCCUACAACAAGCAGGAGAUGAAAUAGAAUUGGAAUUUGGUAAAAAAGUUACUGAGAUACAAGAUUCUCAGUUCGUAUUGGUCACAAAAGGAUUUAAAUUGCCCUGUCAAUACGUGUACCAUGUGUUGUGGCAUUCAAGAUGUUGCAAACAGACUGAGAUACUGAGAAUUGCAGUGAGGGAAUGUUUGGAGAAAUGCCUUGAACUAAAUAAAACUUCUAUUUCCUUUCCUGCCCUUGGGACUGGAAACAUUGGUAUACAGAGCAGUAUAGCAGCCAAGAUUAUGUUUGAUGAAGUUUUAACUUUUGCCAAAUGCCAUUUGAAAAAACAAUUAACUGUAAAGUUUGUGAUCUUUCCAGAAGAACUGGAGACAUAUAUGGUUUUCAGCGCUGAAGUGGAAGAGAGAAAAACCAAGCUACGUGAUUUCAAUAAUUACAGUGUCCCCCAGUUGACCAGAGAGGAGAAAAGAGAAAAUGGGCUCAAAGCUAAAUCUCCUGCCAUCAGUCUGAUGGGAUCCAACCUGGAAAAGAUGAAGGAGGCCCAAGCGUGGAUCCAAAGGAUACUGACCCCCCAGGACCACCAUAUCAUUGAGAACAAUCAUAUCCUCUACCUUGGGAAAAAGGAACAUGACAUUUUGACUCAGCUUCAGAAUACCUUAAGGGUCUCUAUCUCAGAGAUUAUCAGUCUGGAGAAGGCAAUUUUAGAGAUUAAAGGAGCCCAAGCUGACGUCAUUGAGGUCGUUAUGAACAUUGAACUUAUGCUGUGUGAAGUUCAAGAGGAGAUGGCAAGAAAAAAGGAGCUAGCCCUUUGGAGCUUGUCAGGACAAUGGACUGAUUGGCAACCCCAAAACCAGGAUGAAAUGAAAAGGAAUACAUUUCUGAGAUGCCUAAAGCUUUCAGCGGAGGAAAUUCAGGAUCAGAAGAAACAGUUUGAAAACUGUGGUUUGCAGGUUAUAAAGGUGGAGAAAAUAGACAACGCGGUUCUCAUGGCUGUCUUCCAAAAAAAGAAGAAAAUGAUGGAAGGGAGAACACAUGGGAAGCCUGUGAGCCACAGGCUGUUUCAGCAAAUUCCCUACCAGUUCUGUGAAGCGGUAUGCAGAGUUGGCUUUCAAAGAAUGUACUCGGCGCCCCGCGACCCAAAAUACGGAGUUGGUAUAUACUUCACCAAGAACCUGAAAAACCUAGCAUACCAGGUCAAGAAAACAUCAGCCAUAGAUGAACUGAUAUAUGUGUUUGACGCUGAAGUACUCACAGGCUCCUUCUGUCAGGGUCAUCAGUUACAUAUCGUUCCCCCACCACUGAGUCCUGGAGACACAGAUUGCCAUGACAGUGUGGUUGACAAUGUCUCCAGCCCUGAAACCUUUGUUAUUUUUAGUAACACUCAGGCAAUGCCCCAGUAUUUGUGGACUUGCACCCAGAAUCAUGUACAGCCACAGAAUUACUCAUCAGGACCAAGGAUGCUGUCUUCACAGAAUCCUUGGAGCAAGAUUCUCAAGGGGUAGCACUGUUGAUUUACCUCCACAUUAUUUUAACAACCGGCAUGUGCUUGGUUUGGAGGAAGUCUCCAAAUAAUGACCAUCAGUGAGUCAAAGAGUGGUUUGAAUAUGUCAGAUGGGUUGUCCAUAUGAACCGAUUGGGUUAUUGAGGGGACCCACCACAAACUAGCAUCUUAGUUCUUUCAUCUUUGUCUUCACUUCUUGGGAUUGGGGUGGGUAGAUCCCAACCCAAACUCAGGACCGUUCCCUCUCCUUCAAGUUGUCCUUUUGUCUGUUUUACUACAGGUAACAGCAGAAAUGUUUUAUAUGUGAUGGGGUGUUUCUAGUAUAUAAUCCAAGCCUUUUUAUUUUUCUAAAAUGAUAGUGUAACAGCAGGAUGAUUUUAUAUUUUCCAGAGAAUCUUGUAUAGUGUUUUAGAUAUCAAAAUAAACCACCUUUGUCUGAAUAA